AUGUUUGAGACUCAGAAGCAACAAAAUGUUUUCUCCGCGGUUCCAAGCAUCAGAGUCGAGGCAAUUCAUCUUUACAAAAUCCUUGCGCACUCCCUCGCACACCUCAUCAUAACCCUCAACCCCAGCGGGUCAAAAGCAAAAUUCAGAGAAAAGGCCAAACGAUUAGGCAAGAAGCUAAUCCCGUAUCAUUCUGCGGCAGAAAUAGACGAGCUUCUGGGUGAAGUGGAGACAAGUGUUAGCAAGUUCCGCGACUGUUUGCAAUUGGUCCGCGAUGAGUACCUCGUGGCCACUCACGAGAAUAGCAAAGUGAUUCUUGAUCAAGGCAUAAUCAUCCAGGAGAACACGGAAAGUAUGGGAGAAGACCUCGGACAUAUUCGACAGGAUAUCAACUCUCUAAAAAGAGGGUUCGAGGCGAGUCGCUUGGAGCAACAAAUCCGGCACAGCCAGGAAGUGGAUUCUAAAAACUUUUUUCUUGUUUUUGUUCGAUCUGAUCCUCCUGACACUCCAUCCCUUGCCAGCUCAUAUAGCAGUCAACCGCAGUAUUACCCGCAGCCCUUUCUUUCCGACACUGAUUUAUUCCAUGCUAUUGGAGUGCAAGUUAAUGAGUCGAUUGAAGAUGUCGACCAUGUACUUAGACAUCGGGACCAAUUCGAUAUCGCCGCUCAAACCCAGGCACAGCAACUUCUCUCAUCGGAGGACUUCUUGAGGUGGAUGAAAUCAUCUCUCGCCGAGACACUUUUUGUGAAAGGGCAUUUUCAAAUGGUCGGUCCCGGCCGUAUCUCGGUUUUGUCAGCAUUGUGCGCAAGUCUUUCACUUAACCUGUCGAAAAACACCCAUUAUAUCGUUCUUCACGCGUUCUGCGGUCUACAUGAAGCCCACAGCCAUCAAAACGACGGACCAAGCUGGUUGAUUCGAAGCCUAAUCGCCCAGUUACUUCUUUCUGGGGUCACAUUUAAUCUCGACUUUAUUAAUACCCGAGCAUUUGCAGAACAAAUCAAGUCGCACUAUCUGCAGGAUCUUUGCAGUAUAUUCCGAUUGCUGAUUGAGCAACUUCCGAAUACCACCACUGUCGUUUGCAUCAUUGAUGGUAUAAACCGGUUCGAAUCUGAGAUCUGGAAAGCCGAGAUGAAUGAUGUUUUGUUUAUCUUGAACCAGACUGUUCGGAAUAAGUUCCUGAAGCCGAGUUUCAAGUUACUUUUGGCUACCCCGUUCUCCAAUACUCUAUUUCUCGAAGACGCCAGUACUAUCUGGCCUCAUUAUAUCGUCAACCUCCGACCUACCGCGGUGACGAGUGGGCGCCGGAUUUCCGAAAGAGGGUUGUUACGCGGGCGAUCCUUGGAGGAAUAUCGAGCCAAAAUGCUGCAAGAAGAGCAGAACCCGGCCCAGGAUUCGGAGGGCGAGGAGAACGACGAUGAUAUAUUUUUUUGA